GCUGCGGAAAGCAAGAAAAUGCACGUUAAAUCGCGUGGCUGUAUAAAUGCAACUGGAGUUAGUGUCCGACGCACCAGUUCUACACGGGAAUUUGGAAGUAAGGCGGUAAAUAUGUAUCUUGUCGCGAGUGGGCUACUCUUGAUGGGAGUCGUCGCGUUGACGGUUUGCGCGGAACAGUUGUUAUCAGAAGCCGGGUUAAGUGUGCGAUCACUUCAAAAGUAUGGCCGCCAUGUGUGCAAUGCUGUUCAGAUUAGCGGAGAUGUCUUCAUUACACCGGCAGCAUGCUUAAGCGGAAGUGAUCCGGUGGGGAUGGAGCUUAUCCCAGCAGAAGAGCACUCCAAAGUGACUCACAAGUCUGGGUGCAGUGUGACCAGGUAUCAAUCCCACCCGAAGUAUGUCUUCCUGAGCCACAACGUAGGACUAAUGCAGUGCGGUGGACAGACUUUAAGCGUGCCACAAAACAUCCCCAUACGUGAGAGUAAGAAAGGUGAUCGUCUAACACUGGUCGGUGUUAACGAGUCUCUGAAGACGGUGUCCUCCCGGGUGAAAGCCAUCGAUUGUUUGGUGUGCAAAAAAGAGUACGCCACAUUUGACUGUCAGCGGCAGCUCUGUUUAAAAACGACCGGGAAGGUCUUCCAAAAGCUGUCAACGGUUGAGCAGGGUCUUGCAGGGGCCGGAAUAUUCACCCAGAAUGCCAAGCUGGCCGGUAUGCUGUCGUACGGGUUCUCCGCCAAUGGUAGCCUCGUGGCGGAAAGAGCGAUUUAUUAUAAACAAUUCCUACACAGGACGAUGCAAGCAUUCACCAUCGACAACCGAGUGUGAUAGAUCAGGUUUGUGGCUAGUGGAUCGCUUAUUUGGAGCUAGAGUUUGGAGCAGUUGUCCAAUAAAACAUUAUCCCUCUUUA